AAAAUGUAAAGAGCGUAAUCUGCAGCACCUAAUUUCGGUAUUUAGAGUCAUUACUAAAUCUAGAUUUUCCUAUGGAGGAUAUGUUCAAAAUAGCAACUAGACAAACAUCAGCUUUUGGAAUUGAGGGAUAUGAAGCCCCAAAAAAGUACGUUGAUCCAAUUAAAUAAAUGGAAGAUAGAAAAUUCUUAACCCAGAAGAAAGGUAAUUUGUGUUCAUCAUGUUAAAGGUUAAAAAAAUCGAAAUCACGUCACCAAAAGAGGUCAUUAUUUGGAAGACUUGUAAAAGCUAUAUGAGAAGUUACCUGCACCGAACAAGUAUGAUAUUGUUAAGCCAUGGGUUCCAUUAAAAUAAGAAGGAAGAGUAAAGAGUGCUCCUCAGAAGAGGUAUUUAUUCAAAAAAUAUGUUUAAAUAGAUGCACAUUCAUAGACUAAAUAUUCAAAGAAGCAAAAUUAAGAGGAGUUCCUGGAGCUGGCAAAUACAAUGUGAUACCUACUCUUGAAGAGGUUUUGAAAUAAGUAGAAGAAGAUAAGAAAAAAAAAAUAACGUAAUAGUUUCAAAUGAUUUCUCAAUAGACCUGUUGAAAGACCAACUUAUUUGAAUGAAAUUUAACAUUUAGCUGUGAUCAAUCCAGGCCCUGGAAAUUAUAAUCCUCAUGUAAGAUCUGCAUAUGAUUUUGAUAGAGAAUUGAAAAGAAACUAAAAGUAAAUGAGACUAAGCCAUCAGAUCAAAUUGCUAAGCACAAAGAAUAAGAAAGAAAGAGAGGCAAGUCAUGUUUACCCGAUAUUGGUACCUACAAUCCAGAACCAGUUGAAUACAUAUCCUUUAACAAGUUGUAAUAGCUCUCAAAGAAGAAGGACAAGUCAGAUAAGCAUGUUAAUAUUAUCAAUUAAUAAAUUAUAGAAUUUUGGAAAAGAAGAUAGAUUUAAGGAUCCAAAAAAAACAAAAUCCAAAUAAGUUCCAGUUCCAGGUCCAGGCUAGUAUCCUAUGAUUGUGUAAUGGGCUGGCAAAGAGAAAGAUAAAAAUAAUCCCAAGAAAAAGAAUUAUUUGGAUGUUACCACAAGAGGGAUUUCUCGUUCAAUAUAUUAUUGA